GGAUGUCUUAAUUAACAUCUUGAAUGCAGAAUCAACCAUCGUUCCAUCAAUUUCCUACACCCUAAUCGAUUCAUAUUAUCAUUAUCGUUAUGAUGUUAUAAAGGAGGUGAGAUGUGAGGGCAGGGGAGAAUUCAACAACUGACGUUUCCGUCACCGUCGUCAUCGCCACCCUCACUGCCACCAUCUGACGCGAUGGCUGUUUAUUCAACACCGCCGGCGACGGUGGGUUCCUAGCCAGGCUCAGACUAUGUCGAUGCAAAUGGUUAUAGGUGCUGGCGGCGAGGAAGGUUGUUUAGGAUUUCGAUCUCCGAAUACAAUUGGUGAUAUUUGGCAGUGAGAAUUACCUGACAUUUUGGGUCUUCUCUCCACAAGUAACAAGUUACAAAUGUGUUGGGCUGGUAUUCAAUCAUCAAAAGCCUAACAAUACAAAAGUGAGGGGGCCACUACUACUAAAUCUUCAUGGAAUGCACCUGCUAAUGUUAGAGCUGUGGACCCUGCAAGGGAGUUCGGAAGCACAGGAUUAGGAAACCUUGCUUGGAAAGAGAGAGUUGACGGCUGGAGGAUGAAACAAGAUAAGAAUGCGGUUCCGGUUCCAUUGACCACUAGCCAUGCUGCUUCUGAAAGAGGUCAAGAUAUCGAUGCCACCACUGAUGUGCUGAUCGAUGACUCGUUGUUGAAUGAUGAAGCCCGCCAACCACUUUCUAGAAAGGUUUCUAUUUCAUCAUCCAGAAUAAAUCCUUACAGAAUGGUUAUUGUACUCCGAUUGGUCAUUCUGUGCAUUUUCAUGCACUACAGAAUAACGAACCCUGUGACCAAUGCGUAUCCGUUGUGGUUACUUUCUGUUAUAUGUGAAAUAUGGUUUGCAAUAUCUUGGAUAUUGGAUCAAUUCCCCAAUUGGCUACCAGUAAACCGUGAAAUAUAUCUCGACAGACUAGCUCUUAGGUAUAACCGGGAAGGAGAACCGUCACAGUUAGCUGCUGUUGACAUAUUUGUUAGUAUUAUGGAUCCCUUAAAGGAACCGCCUCUUGUGACAGCAAACACUGUUCUAUCUAUACUUGCAGUUGACUAUCCAGUUGACAAGGUUUCAUGCUAUGUUUCUGAUGACGGAGUUGCUAUGUUGACUUUCGAAGCUCUAGCCGAAACAUCAGAGUUUGCAAGAAAAUGGGUUCCUUUUUGCAAGAAAUAUAACAUAGAGCCCCGAGCUCCAGAAUGGUAAUUUUUCCAGAAAAGUGACUACCUCAAAGACAACAAAAUUCAGCCAACUUUUGUCAAAGACCGUCGAGCUAUGAAGGUAGAAACCAUUUGACGCAAAUCAUCUUUGAUUCUUUGCUAUUUCUCGAGUAAAAAUUGGUACUUUGUUCCUUUUUUGGAGAGAGAAUAUGAAGAAUUCAAAAUUUAUGUAUCGUGUUUUUAUGGUGUUUUUAUUGCUAAUUGUCAUUUGCUUUA